AUGAUUUUUUUAGUCUUUGAUAAAGAACCAUACGUAGUAGCACCAGCUGAAAAAUGUAAAUUGAGUUCAUUGUUAACAGAUAAAACAAUUGAAGCUUUGGCCUUUCCUCAUUUAUUUCCAGAUGGACAAGGCUCAUAUGAUGAAGAACGUGAAACAAAUCUAAAAUGGAAAGAAUAUUGUAAAGCACGUUUGUUUUCAUCAGAUUCUCGCUUUGCUGCUGAUUCAAGUUAUAUCUUUUAUCUACAGUAUUUAGGCGACUUGAAACAAGUAUAUUCUGGAAUAAAUAUUGCUUUCCGAAAAAAACUACCAAUGAAUGCCAAACAAAGUUUUGAUGAAAUGCAAAUGAAAUUUCUAAUGAAUAAAGAUAUGAUAUAUCGUCAUUUGCAAUCAGUCCGAGGUAGUCCACAGUAUUGGCAUCAACGACUAAAAGAUUUAUUCGGAAUGACACGUCAAUUAGGUUUUCCAACUUUUUUUAUUACACUGUCGUGUGUCGAUCUACGUGGGAAAGAAUUUAUUGACACAUUUGUACGUCAUACAGGACUUACAGUUAAAGAAUCAUAUACAUUUGAAGAAAAGACAAAACUUUUACGA